AUGGAUGCACUGACGACUCUUAGAACGGAAUUUAAACGUCUUGGUUUCACUCAAAAUGAACUUGCCAGUUUACGUAAAUACUUCAUUCAAAACAAUCUCGCAUAUGGAAUUGGACAAAUGAGCUUGUCAAUUGGAUCUGUCAGCGCGAAUACACCAAUCCUUUCAGAGGUAGUACAAGCUGUAAAAGAAAACUUAGCAAUUAGGAAAGAGUACUCAGAAAUUAUGAAAAGAAGCUUGGAUGUACUGAUUCGUAUUGAAAAACGCCAUAAUCGAGAUCCUGAGUUGCCAAACUCUGUAACACGCGCUAAAGUUUACAAGAGCAUUGUUUUUAAUAAGGUUCAAUUUGAUUAUUUCCUCGCUGAGACUAAUUCCUACCUUGGAGUCCUCGCCAGUCCCGUAGCUACAUAUAUACAAAAUAACCCAAUGACGCAAGCGAUGACAGAGAAACAAGUUCAAAAAUGGUUCAAAGAUCCGGAUCUCAGUAUUUUUGAUAUUGAUGACAUAUCAAAUGGUGCUUACAAUACCAUAGUUGUCCAAACAAUCCUGGAGUUGAAGAAGCACAAGAGAUCCAUUGGAUUUUCCGAUGAAGAAAAAGGACUACUGAUGGACUAUCUUCAUAUUCUUGUUGAACAACAACCAUUACGCAGAACACUAGUCAGUAUCAAGAAUACCAAGACAGGAUUACGUCUAUUUAAUACAUUGAUUUAUCGAAAUUCAGGCUAUGUAAAAAUUUGUGGACCUACAAGCGUUGACUUUGUUACUCCAGUCUCUUCAAGUCGCACAAAAACUAUCAAAAUACGCCUGGAGGAGUUUCUAGGAGAAGGUUCAUCUGCGAAAGUAUAUAAGAUCAAUUGGAAUGAUAGAUCAGCUGCUAUAAAGAUAUUUUCUGAUAAUAAUUUAAAGAAUGAGGCAGAAAUUCUGAAAGGGCGUAUUUAUUCAAAUAGUGUUUAUCAUCGAGAUGUUCGUCCUUCAAACAUCAUGCUAGAAACUGAAAUAGUUCCUUACAAAGGAACAACCACAUAUGCUUCGCCUUUUAUCUUGGAAAAUGAAAUGGGAAAUUAUGUUCCAAAACCAGCAGAUGAUUUGCAUUCUUUUGUGCGCACAAUGUAUGUUUUGCGUAAUCCACUGAAGAAGCCCGAUCUAGCAUCAUCAAGUACACAGGCUAUCAGAGAUUAUUGGAAUAGUGAACUGAAUGAUCGUGCAUUAUGGAAAGAGAUGUUAAAUGCAGCAGACAACAAUUAG